CCGGAACAUAAUAUUGGUAACACAAAAUGGCGACCUCCUUGCUGCGGAUAGGACGACUUGGGUCUCUCAAGGCUUUGCAGCUGGAGAGCUGGGGUGGUGUGCUGCGCUGGCCAGCGGCGGCUCUCUGCACGCAGGGAGGGGAGCCCCCAGCUAACCCGGGAAAAGCUCAGAGCAAGAUAGAGGCUCCGGAUGACAGAGCAACCUUGCUAGCCUACAAGACUGCUGUCGCCUUUCCCGUUAGGCUUGCACCCGCUGGGUUUCCCCCAGCUCAUCUUCUAGGUGAACCCCAUCCUGAGGCCAUCCCUGUUGGUCAGACAGCUGUGGCCGCCGCAGCCGUGGAAGCUAGUCCAGCGGGCCAUGUCGAAACGAUUACCCAAACCCUGCCUCCUGUCACUGAGGCUGCUCCUCCUGUUUACACUGAGCCAGCCCUGCAGGCCGCUGUUGAAACCCCUCCCUCUCUACCUGAGGCGGCGGUUACCGAAACUCCCGUUGUUGCCAAAACUACAGAUGACGUGGCUCCAGCAGCUGACCCUAACCCUAACCCAGAUGAGAGAGCAUCCUUGCUAGCCUACAAGUCCGCAGUCGCCUUCCCCGUUAGGCUUGCAUCCGCCGGGUUUCCCCCAGCUCAUCUUCUAGGUGAACCCCAACCUGAGGUCAUCCCUGUUGGUCAGACAGCUGUGGCCGCCGCAGCUGCUGCCACGCUCGCCCCUCCUGCAACCACAGCUAUUGAAGCACCACUUGCCAAAGAGCUCCUUGAGGAAGCUAGUCCAGCGGGCCAUGUCGACCCGAUUACCGUCGCUGAGGCCGCUCCUCAUGUUAUCCCUGACCCAGCCCCGGAGGUCGCUGUUGAAACCCAACCCACCCUAACUGAGGCGGCGGUUACCGAAACUCCCGUUGUUGCCAAAACUACAGAUGACGUGACUCCAGCAGCUGCCACCUCCUCUCGGCCAAAAGAGCCAUCGGCAGACGGAUCGUCCUCUUCCUCUUCCUCCAGCAGCGACUCUGACUCCGACUCCGACUCUGAUUCUGAAGACUCCGAAGAGGGAGUCAAGACGAAGACGAAGGAGUCCUCUGCCACAGCGCCCUCUGCUGGAGAGGUCGGCGUGAGCCAAGACGCCGUCGCUCCCGGGGACAACAUGAAGACCGGAGAUAUCGAGCCGGAGACGGCUGCGUUCGAAACCAUUCCGGUGGACAGCCCUCCUACCUCAGCUACCCAGGCCACAGAAGAAGCUGAGGUUUCCGUAGAGACGGAUGCUGCAGCGGUCUCCAGUGAGGCGUCCGAGGAGUUGGUGGACUCCGCUCCACAGAUCUCCUCUGCGGCUGAAGAAUCAAUCGCAGACGCGGCUCCCCGGGUCCAAGAACACGCCGCCGAGCUAGCAUCUGACCCCCAACCAACACCAGACAAACCCAUCGAAACCUCUCCUCCCCCUUCUUCUUCCUCUUCUCUGGAAACCCCAUCGGAAGGACCAGCGGUUCUUGAGGCUGCAGCCGAAGCUCACUUAGAACCGGAACCCCGGGCCCCGUUAGAAGCAGCAGAAGCCCUACCUGAAGCUCCACUGGUUGAAGCGGUGGCUGAAGCUCCUCUUGAAGCUGAACCUGUGGCAGAAGAAAGCCCUGAGUCCGUGUCUGUGGCCCCAGCCGAGGUGGCAUCUGAGGCUGUUGUUAAAGCAGAGGCCCCUGUAGAGGGCGCUGAGGAGCUGAUGGAUACAGCUCCAGUCUUGACUGAAGCUGCAGGGGAGGAACUCCAAGCUGUGGAAGUUACACAUGCAGAAGAAGCUCCAUCCGCUGUGGAAGCUGCAGCCCCAGCAGCAGAAGAGAGCCCAAAGUCUGUAUCUGAAGUGGCCCCAGCCGAGCUGGCCCCUGAGGCUGCAGUUGAGACAGCGGCCCCUGUAGGGGGCUCUGAUGAGCUGGUGGAUCCUGCCCCAGUCUUGACUGAAGCUGCAGGGGAGGAACUCCAAGCAGAGAGCCCAGCUGAGCCUGAGGCUGUUGAAGCGUCUGAGGAGGCAGCAGCAGCCCCGGAGCCUGAGGAGCCGUUUGACAACAGCACGUACAAGAACUGCCAGCACCACAACUACAACACGUUCACGUUCGUCGACCUGGAUCUGGAGAUGGCCAAACACCGCCUGCCCCAGCCGUCCUCCGGCCGACCAUCUCCCCUGCACUAAAGCAGACGGCGGUGAUAUCCGAAGAGUCGUGACAGUCUAUCUCGGAAAUACCCCCUCCCUGAAUACGUUUUGUCUGUUAAUGAUGGCGAUGUGCUUGCCCUUUGUAUCUAUGGUGCACUUAAUUCCGUUGUGAAAAGAAAUGUGAUGAUAUAUUAAAGUUCACCUAUUUGAA